AUGAUCUGCUUAGCGUUAAAACAAGAAAAAUUGAAGCCCAACUUCAAUAUUAAACGUCGUAAUAUUCCAAUCGCAGUGAUUUCUGAGUUCAGCGCUCUUCUAUUUGAAUCAACUGGUCUCUUCGAUCCGACACUAAGAAACUUUGAUGAAACAACUAAAGAAGUGUCUGAUCACAUUCUAGUUGUCAACGAGGAGAAGUUCUAUGUGAUAAAGUUGGCUACUUUGAAUCAAUGGAAUGGAAUCGAUGCAGAUGAUUUCCAGUACUUUCUGGAACUUCUCUACGGCGAAAAAGUUAUUAAUGAGAUGACUGUGGAAGAAAUUCUUCUGAUUGCCAAAAUGUACAACACUCCAGUGGUCAUUCGUCAAUGCGAAGAUUUUCUUCUGGAUUCCUCCAAGAAGACACUGAAGAAAAAGUUGCAAAUGUCUGUUAAAUACAACUUGGAAAAACAGAAGACGAAAAAAGACGGCGACGAUUUGGACCCGUGA